AGUCUGCUGUAUGCCAUGGCUGGCAGACUGACGACCAUGGGAAAGCGGAGAGUUUUUUGUGUUUAGGGUCUGUAAGGAGCAUUUUUGAGUGUUGGACUAAACUGUGAGCUUACUGCACUGUUCCUGUCACAGAAAUGGAGAGAGCAUUUUCUCUGUGCCAUGGCUGGCAAGCUGACGACUGCGGGAGAUUGGAGCGUUUAUACACGGAGCCUAUCUGAGUGUUUCUCUGUUGGACCGAACCAUCAUCUCUAGUCAUCACCAUGAAGGACCCAUGCCGCGUAUGCAGAUUACGCCUCAUUGGCAGCCAGUGCCGCUGGAUCUUCAACCCGUCGGGCAAACGGCAGCUCCAGGUCAUCCUGUCCCACGUGCUGGGGCGCCAGGUCGACCGCGACCCCGAUGGCCAGGCGUCAGAGUUCCUGUGCGGCAAGUGUGUGUUCACGCUGGAGCGCAUAGUGCAGUGCGACGUGCAGAUCGGCAGGCUGCAGGAGGAGCAUGCUGCCCAGGUGCAGCGGUUGCAGCAGGAAAGGGAGAAUCUGAAGCAGUGUGUGGCCCACGUCUAUGGACGCCACAACCCCCUGCCGGAGAGGCCCGACGUGGGGGAGGUAAGCACCAUUAUGACCCCCCUCUGGAGGUCCUCUGAAGGUGGAAGUCCCGACGAGUGCGGGGGAGAACAGUUUACGUCAGAAGGGCAGAGGAAGGAAGAUGAAGGGGUGAGGCACUCUGCGAGUAUGGACCUCCUGGGUGGUCCAGUGGGAGCCGCAGGUCGGUCAAGCUCAGCCCCCAGGAGGGUGCAGUCCAGUGGGGAUCCCUGCCCGGAGAAGAACCCUGGGCUCCGCUCCCGGAGCAUGAUGUACCAGGACCUGGUCUACCGCAAAGGCACCCUCUCCUCCCCCAGUUCCAGGUUCCGCUCGGCCUCGCUUCAGUCCCUCAACCCUGACUACCCUCACCAGACAGAACCACUGGGCCCCCUGUCACAGAGACCGUGCAGAGAGUCAAAGAUAUCGGUGAGGGAAUGCUCUCCUUCAGUGGGCCAUACUACCACCAGAAACCAGAGGGGGCACUCCCCAGCCCAGCCUCCCAUCUCCGACCUGCUGCAGCUGCUGCGCUCCAUCCCCAGACGACCAAUCCCAGGGUCCCCCGGGAGCCGCAUCCCUGUCCUGCGGAGGAAGCCCAGGGUGGGACAGCAACUCCCCCCAGGAUGCAGCAUCACCCCUGGGGCCCGACGCAGACGGAAGGAGGCUGAGUGGAAGUCCCUCCAGGACCUCACAGAGGAGUUUAAUGAUGGUUACAUUCCUCUCAGAGCUGAGGGUUUCACUGAGCAGCUGAAUGAGGUGAGCAGGCUGGAGACAGCCCAGAGGCAGCUGAGUGAGGAGCUGAACCAGUUCAGAGCAACGAACCAGAACCUCUCCAAGACCCUGGAGGACAUCCAGAAUAACAACAAGGUGCUGUCUGGUAAGCUGGAGGAGACUGAGAACGAGCUGAGCUCGGAGAAGAAGAACGCUCUGAAACGAGACAAAACCAUCCAGGGACUCAGUCUGGUGCUCAAAGAAAAGGAAAAAGAGAUUGAAGAGCUGUGCCAUGAGAUUGAGGACAGGGACGAGGCAUUAGCCAAAGCCAGGGAGGCAGCGCACAAAGCCCAGCUCCAGAAAUACCAGGGUGCGGAGGAGCACCAGUCUCUGCUGAUGGAGAAGCAGGCGGAGCUGUCCCAGCUCCAGGGGGAGCACCACACCAAGCGGCUGGAGGCGCAGAAGCUGCAGCGCUCCCUGGGCAGGAGGGAGCAGGAGCUGGCUGAUCUGCAGCAGGCCAAGGAGCAGCUGGAGCAGGAGCUAGAGGAGCUGCAGCAGCAGAAGAAGAAGGGAGACAAAGCUCUCAAUGAGAUGCAGAACCAGCUAAAGAAGCUUAACGGGGAGCUGGGCGAGAGGGAAAGCAGUCUGGAGCAGCAGUACCAGGAGCAGCUGGAGCAGACAAAGAGGAGGCUGCAGAGUCACGAGGUCACCAUCCAGCGCCUUACCACCUGCCUGGCCGACAAGGAGCAGCAGCUACAGGAGUACAUGAACAUGAUGAGAGACAUGGAGCAGAGCAGAAGUCCUGAGGAAAGCGACACCAUGCUGUCGAAGCUGCGAGAACGACUGAAAGAAAAAGAAAAGGCUCUGGAGCAAGCACUGGAUGAGAAGUUUUCAGCGCUAGAAGAGAAAGACAACGAGAUCCACCAGCUGCAUCUGUCACUCAGGGAGAAGGAGAGGGACCUGGAGAGACUCAACAACCUGCUGUCUCACAAUGAGGAAACCAUCAACAGUUUUGACACGUUGAUCAAGGAGAAGGACGUGGAGCUGCAGCACCUGGCCAACACCCUGAAGAACUUGCAGCGUGCCAAGCAGGAUGUGGAGGACAACCUGAACCGAGCCUGCAGGGAAAAGGACUCCAUCAUCAGUCAGCUGCAGCUGUCCCUGGAGGGCAAGACCAAGGACAUGGAGGCGAUGGUAAGUGCCCUGCUGAGCCAGUCCCAGUCUCAGGCCCGUGACCUUGCAGAGCAGAUGGGUCAGAGGUUAAAGGUGGCAGAGGCCAUGCUGGUGGAUGCGGUCAAGGCCCGUGAGAGGCUGGUGGCGGACAACGAGAGCGCCGUGGAGGGCCUGCUGGCCACUAUCAGCAGCAAGGACCAGCUUCUCAAGGAGUCAGCGGAGCACUAUAACAGGACACUGUCUGAGCGCAUCCAGGAGAUCGAGGAGCUGAGGCGACAGCUGUGUACCCGGCAGCAGCAGCUGGCCUCUGCUGAGAAACUUAGUUCCACUGCAACACAGGAGGGUUACCUGGAGACUGCCAAGCUCAGGGCCCUGCUGACCGAGAAGGAAUCCAUCAUCAUUAAACUUCUGGAGCGAGGCCGGGAGAGGGACCAGUUCCUGGCUGACUUGAGGCAGAAGGAACCUGCACCGUCCCAGGUGCUGGAGCUCAGACAGACCAUCCAGUUGCUGCAGGAGAGACUGGAGGAGAAGGAAGGUGACCUCUCCAAGAGGAACAACAAUGAAGACAGCUUGGAGAAGGUCCCUCUCAUCAAGAAGACAGUGGUCAUCCUGAAGAAGGAGUUGGCUCAGAAGACUGAGGCUCUCAACAAGGCUCUGAAGAGGGAGAAUGAGCUCAAGAUGUCCCUGGCUGAUCUCCAGUCAGUGUUGUCUGAGCUGGAGGGGCGUAUCGAGGGCCAGGCGGCCAGCAUAGACUCCCUCACCACCACCCUGGAGACCAAGGACGAGAUUCUAAACGACCUCCACCAGCGUCUGAGCCAGAGAGAGGACAGUCAGACCCGGGAGCCCCAGGAUCAGGCUGCUGAAGCCGGGGUGGAGCACUCGCUCCCUGGCCUCCCUCAGCGGGAGAGGACCAUCAUCGGUGGUGACAGCCAGCAAGAGGUCCUGCCCUUGUUGGCUGACCUGCAGGUGGAGCACCGCUCUUUGAACCGAGCCCUGAGGGCCGAGCAGCAGCUCUACUCCAGCUUGGUUCGCACCGUCAAAGAACAGGACAGUGUCCAGCGUCUUCACGCCCUCCAGAUGGAGCUGACAGCGGUGACGCUCCUCAGACAGCAGCUGGAAGAAGGGAUCCGGAGCAACGAGGAGCUCAGAGAAGACCUGGAAAGAGAGAUCGCCAGAGCCAAGCUCUCAAGAGAAGGGCGCGAGGACCAGGGCCACGUUGACCCCAGAGAGCUGCAGAGUGUCAGGCAUCAGCUGGAGGACGCCCAGCGUUGGAACGCCUCCCUGCAGGCCCGCCUCGGAGCCAUCAAGAACCGCGGGGGAGGGGUGGGUGCCAACAAUGACACCGCUGACACCCUGGGUAGUUUCAUGGCCGACCAGACGUCCUACAUGAGUAUCUGUGUAGGAGAGGGGGAGGGCCUGGACCAUCUGUCUGUAGAGGAGCUCCGACAGAAGGUGAUGGAGCUGCAGGACUAUGUCAGUAGACUGCAGGCUGUGAAUGAGGACCUGCAGAGGACGCUCUCAUUGACCGAGGGCUCAGACCACAACCUAUCACAAAGCAGCUCUGGGAAAGAGCAGCAUCUAGAGCGGAGACAGGAGAAAAAGUCACCGCACAGUGACAGAGUCCACAGUGACUCUGGCCAGGACAAAGGGAGCCAGACGGACAGCGGCCUUGGACAGGUGGUAGAUGGAAGGCUGAAUGACGGCCACCAAUCUGCUGAUGUGACUGUGAGCAGUACCCUGGCCCAGAUCCAGAGAGGGAUAUGGCCUCCCUGGUCUUCCAAAGCCACCAGUGAGAGCCAGUCACAGAGCAGCCAGCAGGGAGAGGUGGAGCAGGACAGAGACUGGGAGCAGCUUUGUUCUCUUCUGUCUGACUGUGGGGCCUUAUCGGUCAACCACCUCAGGGAGGAGCUACAGAGGUUGCGGUCAGAGAAUGUGGACCUGAGGGGUCAAUUAAAGGAGGAGAAAUCCACAGAGUCCAAGGAGAGCGCCGACACCUCGGGCGACAUCGAUGACGCACAGGGCGACCUCCGCAAGACAUUGGAGAGGCUGAGGUCAGAGGCCAAAGGUCACCGCAAGAUUAUCCAGUUGCUGAAGGAGCAGCUGGAGAGGACUGAAGCGGUGGUGGACGUAGAGGACCGGUCGGAUAGUCAGCCGGACAUGAUGGUGACGAUGACCCGGGAGAUGGAGAGGCUGCGUUUGGAGCAGGAGGGAGGAGCUCAUGGUAGAGAGAAACUGCUUGAAGGAGAAGAGAGAGGGAAAGCACAUGGAGAUGGUCAUGCCACACAGGGGAACAGCCACACACAGCCUGCCAAGGGACAUUCAUAUCGCAUCGCAAGACAUGGGGCUGGUGUCAAAUCUCGCCUGCCCGUCCCCGUGCGACACAACAAAACAGACACUGCUGGCAGCAGGCAGUCGGUAAACCAGGCAUCAGACGAGUUCUCUGAACAUCUGAGAGGAGACGUACUACAUCAACUAGGCCUGGACCACCACCAUGACCAGCAAACCUCAGACUCCCACAGCUCUCCAAGAGCCUCCCAGCACUGCAGCCCAGGCUCUAACCACAGCAGCACCACUAGGGGGACCACCAGACAGGGCCUGGAGACGGAGUUCCUCCGAGCUCAGGCCCCCACUGACGCCGAACUCCUAUCUCAGUUGGAGCUCCUCCACCAGGAGUGCCAGGACAAGGAGCAGCUGAUAGACCGUCUGGAGGAGCAGAUGGCCGAGUGGGACGAACUUCAGGCCCAGCUCCGGGAGAAAGACCGGCUCAACCGUCAUUAUAUGGAAGCCCUGCAGGCCGCCGAGUCCACCAUCACUUAUCUUACAGCCUGCAACCUGGACAGAAACAGCCAGGGUGGAGUACUAGGCUCUGGGUCCCCUGGUUCAGAGUACAAACUUCAGAGACAGUGCAUUGAGCUCCAGAAAGCCCUUGAGGAGAAAGAGAGACUCAACACCCAGCUGGUAGAGUGUCUCAACAUGGUCAAGGCGGCCAUUGCCUCGCUCCCCGGCACUUCGUCAUCCGCCAACGCUCUGGACGGUCAUUUGGACCCCCAGGAGCUGUGCACGAGGCUGGAGGCGGCCUUACGGCAGGUCAGUGCUUCUCUUGACCCUCUGGUCCUGAAAACCUCGGUUCCAGGGCCUUCGGGGUGCCCCCUGGGCCUCGACGCGGAGCUGCAGCAGCAAGCGGACUCCCUGCAGGAGGCGGUGUGGGAGCAGAGCCGGCUGAACGAGCUGCAGGAGAGGCUGAGGUCAGCUGAGGAGGCUGUCGCAGCACCGCAGGGCACUGCCAACACUGCCCCCGCAGGCCUGGAGGGCAAUUACGGCAGGCAGCCAGAAGAAGAUCUAAAUGAGUUUCCGAGAGGGAAUGAAACAAAGGGACAGAGAGGUUGGGGAAAACAUCAUGGAAGAAGCAAGUUUGCGUCCGAUGAGAAGAGCAGCCUAGGCUCUGAACAGGUUGCCAAGCAUCUCUCCGAGUGUCUCAGAGCAGCCGAGUCGGCAAUAGGCUCACUCACAGCUCACUGUAUCAACACGAGCACUAGCACCUCUACCACGACCAGAGCAGCUCAAACCAGCUCUGACUUACAACAGCAGCUAGACAGACUACAGAGAGCUCUACAGGAGAGAGAAGCGCUGGACGACCUGGGCUCUACCGAACCCACCCACCAACAGACCAGUAGGACCCCCACACGACACACCACUCCUGGGGCUGAAACCCCCUCUCCCCUAGAGCUCCACCAUAACAUCUGCCUCCUCCAGAAGGCCUUCUACGACCUGCAGGAGGAGAGGGGACGCAGGGAGAGGGAAGCCCAGACAAUGGAGCCUGGAGCUUGGGUACCACCACGAGAUGUCCAGGCCCAGCUGGAGAGCCUUCAGAAGGCUUUGAAGGAGAGGAAGAGGGCCUGUAAGAGCCUGGAGGAGAAGCUGGCCACGGCUCAGUCCAUCAUAGCUCUGCAGAACUCCUCCAAGAAGACCAGUCAUGUAGCAACACAGAGAGCGCCCCCUCUGGAGCAGGAAGACAAGGGCGUGCAGGUGGACCUGCAAGACCUGGGUUACGAAACCAGUGGCAAGAGUGAGGCCGAGGUGGAUAGGGAGGAAAGCAGUAGCACAGAUAUGCAGCUUGUCCUUGGCAGUGCUAACAGCAGCCUGCCCUGCCUGCUGAAGCAGGACCAGGAGGAGCCCUCGUUCUCCUCCACAGAGAACCUUGACACGGCCUCCAGUGCCUCCUACCCCAGCUCCCCCACUCUCAGCUCCCCCAAGGUGAGUCUGAAGAGCCUCCAGACGUUUGACUCCUACGGUCUGUGUGAAGACCCAGCCCAGCUCAAGGCCCAGGUGAGGGAGCUGAAGACCCAGCUAGAGAGCCAACACCAGGUCAUCCUCCACCUGCAGACCAUGCUACGCCGCCGCGCCUCCCUGUCCAGCGAAAUGUUGACCGCCACAUCUGACUCCCACACUGCCACGGGAGGUCACACGGGCUCCGAGAGGGGGGAGGAGGGUGGGAAGGAGGAGAGGAGCCUGGAGGGAGAGGGGGAGGUGACGAAGGAGAAGAUGAAGAGUAUGAGCAUGGAGCUGGAGAGGGAGAGGAGCGUGAACAGGAGUAUGAGCGAGCAGCUGUUGCAGGCCCAGCAGCGGAGUCGAUCAGCCUCACCUGCCAGGAUCGACUCCCUGGUGCAGUCGCAGGCGAGGGAACUGUCCCAGCUGCGUCGUCAGAUCCAGGAGAGCCGGGGCCUGGGGGCACUGCAUCGGAUGCAGCUGGAGAAGCUGUCGCAGGCCUUCGAGGAGUUGCUACAGGCCAGCGACGUGGACUACUACGUGGAAGAGGUGUUCCGAGAGCAGCUGGACAAGAGCCUGGGCGUCUUGGAGAGGCUGGAGGGCCGGCUGGAGAAAGGAGACGCUCAACUGGAUAACGAGGACGGGGCAGCACUGGAGCUGGCGCAAAGGCUGUCUAAAGAGUUACAGGAGAAGACCCGUCUGGUCCAGAGUCUACAGAUUCAGCUGCGAGGCCAAACUCCUAGCAGCCACCACAGCUCAGACUCGGACCUGUCGGACAGGGUCUCUAACCAGGCCACAGCCUCCUACCACAACAGCCCCACCCUGCCAGCCUGCAGCAAACUCCAUGGCAACCAGGACUAUCAUGCAAUGAAAGAGUCCAAUGGGGGCUCAACGUCGGCUCCAGAGUCUACAGCCCAGCAGACUGGGGGCGUGGCUAAGGAUGGGGGUGUGUCUGUCCCUGGGGUAGUUUCUGGACAUAAAGGGAGAGCCAGGCAGCUCCAGGGCCUGCAGAGAGAGAAUGGGCGCCUGGUGGAGCAGCUGAGGAGCAGCGAGGAGCUUAACGCUACGCUGCGCAGCGAGCUGGACCUCCACCGCUCUAUCCUGGUCCAGGGGAUCUCCACGCCACUACACACCCAGGGAGAGGGGCUGGGGCAGAGCCAGGGACUGGCUGGGGGGUCACCACAGAACAGGGAGGACCAGAGGGGAGAGGGACACCCAGCCUCACAGCAGGAUCCUACCCAGCUACGCAGCAUGAACCCAGACCUGUUAGCAGAGCACCUGUUGGAGAUCAGAGCCCUGAGACAGCGUCUGGAGGAGACCAUCUACAACAACGACCGGCUCAGAGAACAGCUGGAGAGAAGACUGGGCGAGGUGGAGAGAGACCCAGCAGCCACCAACAUCUUCAUCCACGGUACGGAGGAGCAGGGCCAGCUGACCAGCGAGCUGCGGUUCCUCUGGGGACAGAACCAGGCCCUGAAGGAGCAGCUCAACCUGGGCUCCAGAGACAAGCAGAAGGAGAACGAGAAGCUGCGUGAGGCGCUGGCCAGACGGACGGCCAAGCUGGAGCAGAGCAGGAAGGAGUGUGAGGUCCUGAGACAGGAACACGCACGUCUUCAGGACCGCCUGGACAGGAGCAUCCUGGAACACACGCACCUCCAGGACACACUGCAAUACAGCCGCCAGGAGAUCCACAGGUUGCAGUGUGAGGUGAAGAUGCAGAGACAGCAGCUGUCAGACAGUCAACACCUCCUCCAGUCUCUACGUGUGGAGCUGCAGGUCUACGAACAGAUCAACACCAGCACUGGGACACACAAGCACACAGAGUCCAGUGGUACAGCCCAACAGUCUGGUCCUGGUUCAGGGUCUGGGUCGAACCAAGUGGACCUGGGGGAGCUGCUGUCAGAGAUCCGCCACCUGAGGCUGCAGCUGGAGAGGAGCAUCCAGACCAACACAUCCCUGAGGCAGAGACUGGAGGAACAGCUGCUCAGAGGUCCCAACCGCCCAGAUACCAUCAAUAUCAACUAUCUACUGGCUACUUCAGAGGAUAUAGGCUGUGAUCCUCCCCGCCACUCCUCCUCUCAUGAUCUGAAGCGUCAAGCCCAGUCGGAGAUGGACGCCAUGUCACAGUGUAGUAACAGUUCUGGGGACAGUGUCUCUGGCUCGGCUCCCCCUCCAUCCCGCCUGGUGCCCGCCCACCGCUUUUGGGCCAACCGCCAAGGGCGCCAUAUCCUGGGUCUUAUCGAGGACCACAAUGCCCUGCGGAAGCAGAUCUCCGAGGGAAGGCGGCUCACCCGCACCAUGGACACACACCUGCAGGAGUGUGUCUGCACACUCAGCCAGCAGGGGACUGACAGGAGGGUGGUGGAGCAGGGUCCCCUGAAGGCUCUGUCCAGCAGUGUGAACACCAUGCAGCGGGUCCUGGAGGAGGCUGGCCAGCUGCUCAAACUGGUCUGGAGGGUAUCCCUGCCCUCUCGCACCGCGACCAGCAACCAGCAGGAUGAGCUGUUGAAGAAUGAGAUAGCGAGUCUGAAGAGCCGUCUGUCCCAGCAGGAGCGGAUGCUGAGCGGUGCAGUCAAACGGCUGCGGACCACCAACCAGCUCAAAGAGGGCAUGGAGAGGGUCAUUAUUGACCAGCUGUCGUUAACCCACGGAGUGCUGAAGAAGGCCAGAGGGAAUCUAGAGACAAAUUAUUAUACCGUCUUUGGGCUGAAAGGCCUGUCUGGAGGACCAGAGGAAGGAGGUCCCGGUCAAUGGUCAGUGACCAUCGGUCCUUCAGGAUCCUCCAAGGGAGUGAGUGUCCUCAGCCCCGCCAGACACACUGAAUCCCCAGAGGAGAGGAACAGUGACGCCUCAUCCCACUGCAGCUACUAGAGCUGCCAGUUCAAUAGUCUACGGUGCCUUCCUCUCGUCACCUUUGCUUUGUCUGCACUGAUGUGUUAUACAGUUCAGCAAAAGCAUUACUGGUUUUCCCCUAAUCUGUUCAAAUUAAGGAAAAGGGGACAAGGAAGCCACUUUACACCUCACUAUUGAUGUACCCCAACUGUCAGACGCACUGCCUUCAGGCCCCUCCCCUUCAUCCCUGCUCUAAUGCUUUUUGAGUAACCUUACCCUGAGCUAUGCAAAUAGUACUGUACUUGCACACCUGACUAUCUUGACCUGUUUGGUACAAAAGUUGUAAAAGGAAAUGUAACAUUCUAUCCCUCUUGUAAAAUGUCUCCUCCCCCUUAAUUUCUUAAGAUUGUAAUAUCCUUUUUAUAUAAUGGAUGAAGUCUUUCCUGCGA